AUGCAUAUCCAGUCGAUUCCCAUGUGGGUGGGCAGUAGCAACAACUACGCCUACCUGGUCAAGGACGACAAGACCAACGACGCCGUCAUCAUCGACCCGGCCAACCCGCCCGAGGUGACUCCGGUGCUGCAGAAGGCCAUCAAGGGCGGCGAGAUCAACCUCACGGCCAUCGUCAACACUCAUCACCACUGGGACCAUGCAGGCGGAAACAAGCAGCUCGUAAGUCGCCGCCGCCGCCCCGCUCACCACGGUGAUUCUGACGAGACACAGCUGGGCGACCUCGGCCUGGAGAAGCUGCCCAUCAUUGGCGGCAAGAACUGCGACGGCGUGACCAAGACGCCGGGCCACGGCGAGUCGUUCAACAUUGGCAGCAUCGCCGUCAAGGCGCUGCACACGCCGUGCCACACGCAGGACAGCAUCUGCUGGUUCAUGCAGGACGGUGAGCAGAAGGUCGUGUUCACGGGUGACACGCUAUUCAUCAGCGGUGGGUUCCAUCACCUCCCCUGA